AUGGACGGAAAGAUGAUCCACGACCUGUUUGGGACACAGGAUAACUCCCAAGAGCCGGAGCCGUUGGUAAACAAGACGAGUACGAUUCUAGGCGUGGCCAUCAGCUUUCAAGUCAUAUCAUGGUUGGCCGUCGCUCUGCGUAUGUACACGCGGGCAAGGAUGGUCAGAUCCUUGGGAUGGGAUGACUUGUUCGUCGUAUUAGCGCUCUUCUCAACAACGACGGGUACAGUUGGGACUUGCGUGGCUACCAAAUACGGGUUGGGCAAACAUCUAGUUGCCCUCUCAAGAAGUGAUGUACAAAAUUACCUCCGCACCUUCUACAUCGCGAACGCCUCCUAUCAGAUGUCGACCGCCUUCAUCAAGCUCUCCCUCCUUUUCCAGUACCUGCGAAUCUUCGACGAACCCUGCUUCCUCCGACGAGUCUGCAUCUGCACCAUCAUCUUCACCAGCCUCUGGGCCGCCGCCUACACCGUCCUCGGCUGGAUCCCGUGCGUCCCCGUCCGCGCCUACUGGGACUGGACCGUCCCCGCCGCCCGCUGGGCCUACGGCUCCCUCAACGCCCCCAUCUUCUACGCAACCUACGCCAGCCACUCCUCCGUGAACGUGUUUUUGGACUUGGUGGUGCUGGCCAUCCCAGUGCCGCUGUACUUCAAGCGCGACGCGCCUCUCAAGUCGAAGCUCGGACUCCUCGCCCUCCUCACCGUCGGUCUCGUCGUAAACGCCAUCUCGGUCGUCCGUCUACUCUCCCUGGUGCAGCACAAGGCCGCGACCCAGCCGACCCUCGAUUUCCCCUGGUACGCCCCGAUCAGCAUCGUGCUCUCCUGCGUCGAAGUCGAUCUCGCCAUGGUGGCGUGCAGCGUGCCGAUCUUCUGGCCCGUUAUUCGCAAAUUCACCGACGGCAUCUUUGUCACGAAGGAGGUCGAGGUCACGAGGGAGGUCAGGAGGUUGGAGAGCGUGGAGCUCGACGACGACUUGGACAUGGAGGCGGACAGGAGGUCGAGGGUGGGCAGCGAGGCGAGCUUGCGGCAGGAGACGCUUGCGCCGGUGGCCCGGGGUCGGUACUUGGAUGAGUUCGUCGCCCAGCAGGUGGACCCGUUGAGUAGGAGUAAGAGUGUUGUGACACAGAUCAAGACGGGCGAGGUGGAUGACGCGAAAUGGUGGCAGAAGGGCAGGUUAGAAUAG